GAGUGAAAUGAAUAUUUCCCUAAGAAGGAAGAAUUCAAACGUUGAAGAAGUUUCUCUCUGGGUCAAACAUGGAGACCGGCCAAGUGAUUUUUACUUUUUAGAGCAGAUCACCCGUUCCUCCACGACUCCGGCGUCCCCUUCCACGCGCACGCCAUCUCUCCAUUUCCACCCAUUCGCCUUCUUGGCUUCUUCCGAUUUCCUGCGCCUGACGAUAAACGUAAAGAACAACAAGAAGAGAAGAGAAGUUCCAAUUUCCACUUCUUCUUCUUCGCAGUUUAAGAUGAUGAAUCCGAUGCGAAGUGGCGAAAGAAGAACAGAAAUCAAGGAAGAAAUGGGCGGCGCUCCAAAUGAUCAGUUUGUUCUUGACAUCAGCACCUCCAGAAGAACACUUCUCGGCCUCGCGGAUCCAUCGCCUUCCCCGAUCGAUCCGAAAUCGUCUCGCCAGUUUCGUGUUCCCUUCGCGAACAAGCUCGACUGGACCACUUCGUUCGAGGCCUUCAGGGCGUGGAUCAAGGAGCCGAUGAACAUGGCCCUUUUCCUCUGGACGGCCUGCGUCGUCGUCUCCGGCGCUCUGCUGUUCUUGGUCAUGACCGGAAUGUUGAACGCCGCCUUGCCGAGGAAGUCCACGAGGGACGUCUGGUUCGAAGUGAACAACCAAAUCCUCAACGCCCUGUUCACGCUCAUGUGCCUCUACCAGCACCCGAGACGCUUCCACCACCUCGCGCUCCUGAUCCGGUGGGAGCCAGCGGACGCGGCGCGGCUGCGGAAGCUCUACUGCAGGAACGGAACGCAGAAGCCCAACGAGAGGAUGCACAUGCUGGCCGUGCUGCUGCUGCUCCACCUCAACUGCUUCGCUCAGUACGCGCUGUGCGCUCUCAACCUGGGCUAUAGGAGAUCGUCGCGCCCCGCGGUCGGAGUGGGCCUCUGCCUCUCCGCCGCGAUCGGCGCUACGGCGGUCUCAGGGCUGUACAGCACGCUGAGUCCUCUCGGAAGGGAGUACGAAGGAGAAACAGAGGAAUCCAAAGACGGCAGCAAUGGCAACCAGAGGCAAACUUAUCUCCCCCUGCGACCGCUGGAAGAACGGCGCUCCCCCUUGGCUACGGCGGACAGCAGCAGCCCGCAGUGGGCCGGAGGGCUGUUCGAUUUCUGGGACGACAUUUCGCUGGCGUACCUCUCGGUUUUCUGCAGCUGCUGCGUCUUCGGGUGGAACAUGAACAGACUAGGAUUCGGAAAUAUGUACGUUCACGUCGCCACCUUCCUCCUCUUCUGCUUUGCGCCGCUGUUCAUCUUCAACAUGGCGGCUGUCAACGUCAACGACGAGACGGCUCGCGAAGCGCUGGCGAUCGCUGGCUGCUUGCUCUGCUUUCUCGGAUUGCUGUACGGAGGAUUUUGGAGGAUCCAGAUGAGGAAGAAGUUCAACCUCCCUCAGACUAAGCUCUACUGCUGCAAGCAGCCGGAUGUUGCAGAUUGUUUCGGGUGGCUCUGCUGCUGCUCUUGUUCUCUGGCGCAAGAAGUGAGGACUGCGGACUACUUGAAGGAAGCAAUUGACACGAGAAUUCAACCUUCUCUUUCGCCUUUGCGCCGUGAAAAUGGAAACAACAUGUCGAAAACAAUCACAGAGAGUAUGAUGAUGUACAGUUCAGAGGGAGCUUCUUCAUCCGUUGCAGGGAAGGAAGAUGCAAUGAACGCCCCUGUUUUUUCUACUAUAGAAAGAUAGAGUAUAAGGCGUAGGGUGUAGCUUAACAGACAAAUUCUUUGGGACAUAUACUAUGAAUGUAAUUUGUUGAAGAAGGUUUAGAAUCAUUUUA